GGAUCGCGUUUCUUUGACGGCCUUUUUCUUUUCCGACAGCGCACAUCUCUCGGUGGUGUAAAAACAAAAAAAAAGAAAAUUAAAAUAAAAUAAAAUAAAAUAAAAUAAAAUAAAAAAUAAAAGAAAACCAGUCAAGAAGUCAUCGAGCAAUUUCGAAACCACGGGCCAGAGAUUGUUACGAUAAAGAACAUCUCAUUGUGGAGGGAAGCGACCAACUGAGAAGACAUCGACAUGUCACGAUCCUACCGAGCAAACGUCACGAAACCGAUGAAAGCGGUCACGUGACAAAAAUUGAGGUGAUGCUCGAAGAAGCACCGGACGCCGUCAAUGUCGGCUCCAUGUCAUCGCAACUGGAACCCACUUCUGAACUCAAUUCAACUCUCCCGGACGAUAUUGCAGAAACAGGUGCGGUAGUGGUGCGCGCCGAGGAGGCUCUGAUCGUCAUUUUCGUCCUGAUCCUGUGGGUCGCGGCCAUCGCUCUCUUUUUCAACCGAUGGGGCAAGAUUCGGAUGCUCGAGCCGUACCAACCGAAAUUUCAACAGCAACACCGACAAAGCUGCACGAUAGUCGACCCAAAUCCACUUCAGCAUCGGAGUUACUCGAAAUUCAACAUCCACUGCCUCGAGCAUCCGGUGCACCAGCUGAGCUGCAACUCGGCAACCGGGAGCGGACCGGCUCGAUUGCGACAGAACAGUGUGUUUGUGGGUUCAAGCUCGUCUCUGCUGCCGAUCAGUCAGGAAACGCCAAGACGCGCCAAGAGCGCGUUUGAUUUGCAAUCGUUGGUGCACGCGGAAGGCGUGGGGUCGCUGAACGAAGAGGACGAACGGGACGGCGACACGCUGAAGACUCUGAGAUCCUUCGGCGAGUCGACGCGGCUGUUGCAACGCGAACGCCGACCCAGCUCGUAUCAGUUCGAUCGUAUGGACGUUCUGGCGCGACCGACGUUGCAUCGUGAGCGCGGCAUGAGCAUCUGUCACUUCGAUCGCAUGGACGUUCUCCCCAGAUCGUUGCAGAGGGACCGCGGUAUGAGCGUUUGUCAAUUCGAUCGAACGGACGUUCUGGCCAGGCCGUCGUCGCAGCGCGAUCGCGGCAUGAGCAUCUGCCAGUUUGAUCGAACGGACGUUCUGGCCAGACCGUUGCAGAGAGAUCGCGGCAACAGUAUCUGCCACUUCGACAGAACCGACGUUCUGGCUAGGCCCACGUUCCCACCCGGCAAGUCGCUGCUGCGAGAGAGACGCGUGAGCGUGUGCAACUUCCUGGAGAGAACUUACGAGGAGUCGUUGGGCAAGAGCGAAGUUCUGCUAAGAGACAAACGUCAGUUGAGCGUCAACAACGUCGACAAAAUCGAAACUCUGGGUAAGUCACUGUCGCCCAGAGACUUUCGCGACAGCAGCAGCAGCAACGUAACGGACAGCAGGCAUCAGGACGAAGGCAACCAGGCGAAAUGUAACACGAUACCUUUGUUCAGAGAAAGAAAUAAUUCCGUGCAUCACUUCGAUCGUCCAUCCUGCAGCAAAACACCCGAUGUCGUUUUGGGAUACAAAGCUACGUGCGUUUAAGUCAAUAGCUCUCGUUCCCGAAACGACGUCAUUUGUGUUUUGAUGAUGACGGUCUGGCAUCGCGGAGUUUCCCUUGUACGAAAUACGGCUGUGAAACUUCUUGAUUAUCGCUUCGCUUUGCAGAAUUUAUCUCGCCUGUAAUUUCCUUGUAUUUUUUAUGAACUGCCGAAAGUAUCAGUAUCCCAACUGUUACCUCGACCCUUAUCGAAAUCCUUAUUACAGCGAUAACUCUCUAUUAGGACGUUAGGAAUAUAACCGUUGCGGUUUUCCUUAUUUCCUGAUUGACGCGAUAAAUGGGCUCGUUCGCUUGCUUCACAUCGACGUUGCAAGCGAAGCGAGAGACGAUCUGAUCUGUUUUGAGCGAAGAGACACGUUUCGAAUCUAUUUCCUGCGCGCGCGCGAAAUUUACAAAUGUAUCAGAGUCCUUACGUGCCCUCCGGAAAUUAGAAGCGCGCCGUGGCAACAGAGAGAAGUUCAAUAAUUUUACAGAGAUGUAUUUUUCCGAUGAAUUUUCUAUAUUUUCUUUUUUUUUUUUUUCUUAUCACUACACACAGUGGCUGAACGACGAAACCGUCCUACGGCGGAUUCAUCGUAUUCGCUUCAUGAAUGAUACAUAGCAGACAUUUUGAUGAAUUCGCCGAGGGACGCCGUAGAAUUUCUGUUCGUUACGUAACGGUUCGUUAGCGGUACAUUCGAGAGUUUUAGGCCGAACAAUGAAAUCGUAAAACGCGAGGGGAAAUAUAUAUCGUGAACAUAGUCGCACCAGAUUUUGGUAACGAUCGGCGGGGAAACGUGAAAAUUUUCAUCGGAUCAUCGGCCGGUCGGCGAAACGUUUUAUUUCGACACAUUCGCCAGCGGCCCAGAAUUUUUAAUUACAAUUCGUAACUAUGCGAGAUCCAAACCGAACGAACGUGGAGUAAUUAAUUUUACGGAAGAGAAACCGAAGCUUUAAAAAAAAAACUCGAUCGACCAACUCGUUUUCUCUCUUCGUCUCUGUUUCUUCUAUAUAUACACACACUCUCUCUCUCUCUCUCUUUCUCUUUUUCUCUAUCUUUAUUCCUGUAGACGUGAUUGUAGACGGAGACUUUUUCUCCGUUUUUUUCUCUCUUCUCUAUUUCUUCUUGGAACGUAAUCCGUCGUAGGAGCAAACCGUAGAAAUUGCUCUAUUAUCCGAAGACGAGGUCUCUUUUUAGCACCUCCUUCUACUCGUAGUACGUACAUAUACAUGCGGGCUCUCGCAAAUUGUCUGCACACGAAGCAAACGUAAAUCGGUCGACGCCGACGCCGACGGCGCGUCGCUCGAUCGUUCGAUCUACAAAACUUAUCAACGCCAACCAUCGAGCAUCAACGCGAACGAAAGAACGACACACAUGCUCAGGGAUUAUUUUAAAAUCUUUUUACUCGUCGUGAAAUAUAAAUCGCUCUCUCUAGUACGGAGUCAUUGAGAGUGCGCGUUUAGUUUUCACUUUGCAAUUAAACAUGAUUAAGCGGUGCCUAUUAUUAUAAUUUAGCAAGUAUUUCAUGGAUUAAUAUCAGACAUUUAUUCAAUAAUGAAACUUUACAGAGACACCAUUUUCAACAAAUAUAC